UAAAGGCCAGCCCAAUCGCCUCUCUCCCAUUUCUGAGUUCUUUCUCUCUCCCACGCACACCAAGCAAGCAAGAACCGGAGAGAGGGGACAGGAGGAAGCAGAACCAAGAACCAGAGGAGGAGGAAGAAGAAGAAGAAGUUACUCACCCACUCGCUCGCGAAGAUGAUGCGCGGGGGCACGAGCAUGCUGGGGAUCGUGAACUUCAUCACCUUCCUGGCGUCCAUCCCGGUGCUGGGCGGCGGCAUCUGGCUGGCGUCCCGGGCCAACUCCACCGACUGCAUCCGCUUCCUGCAGUGGCCCAUCAUCGUCAUCGGCCUCGCCGUCAUGGUCGUCUCCCUCAUGGGCUUCGCCGGCGCCUGCUACCGCCAGACCUGGCUCCUCCGCAUCUACCUCUUCGCCAUGUUCUUCGUCGUCGUCGCGCUCCUCUUCUUCAUCGUCUUCGCCUUCGCCGUCACCGACCGCGGGGAAGGGCAGGUGGUGAUGAACCGCCGCUUCCUCGAGUACCAGCUCUCUGACUACAACGGCUGGCUCAGGAACCGCGUCGCCGACCAGCAGUACUGGGCCACCAUCGCCGCCUGCCUCCGCGACGGGCACGCCUGCAAGGGGAUGAGGAGGGGCGUGCGCGACCCCAACACCGGCAUGAUGGUCGCCGAGUCGCCCGCCAUGUUCGCCAACCGGAACCUCUCGCCGAUUGAGUCUGGAUGCUGCAAGCCACCAUCAUCGUGCGGAUUCAACUACAAUAACGAGACAUACUGGACCCCGAUCCCUGGUAGCUCUGUGGCCGACCCUGACUGCUACAAGUGGAGCAACGACCAACAGACGCUCUGCUUUGGGUGCGACUCGUGCAAGGCGGGCGUCCUUGCGGGCAUCAAGAAGAGCUGGCGCAAGGUGGCCAUCAUCAACAUCGUCGUGCUGAUCAUCCUCGUCAUCGUGUAUGUCGCUGGCUGCGCCGCCUUCCGCAACGCCAAGAGGAUGGACAACGACGAGUCGUACGGCAUGGCGAGGAUGACCAAGUCUCGACCGAGCAGGUUCCAGUUCUAGGUCGCGACGAAACUGGAAAGAAGCAUUUGCCUGUACAAAAGACCAGAGUGGGUGGUGUUAGGGCUUGGCCUAAACAAUAUUUCUUACUGGAUUGUGGAUUGUGGGGUGAUCACCUGUAGUUGGGCGGUGUGAAAGGGAAAGAGUUCUUGUAUCAGAAGUUCAGCCUGGUGUUCGGGUUUUGUGACUGCUUUGGUGUUUAGGGUAGGUCUAUUCUGUAUUGGGGUACAAGAUGGAGUGGCACAGAACAAGAUGAUCUGCACUUAGAGAUUUUGAUUUGUCAACUUGCUUAGAAGAUUAUAUGCUAUUAUGGUUGAAUGGCAGGUCAUGCCAUCAGUGUCAAA